GCUACAGCAACAGUCAUUUUUCUUUCCGUGCAGGCCAUAAGUAGCUUCAGGGCACAGCUUGUCUUGAACUGAACACUUUCCUCCGACCUCGUGCUUCACUAGAGCCCAUCGCUGCAUCCUUGACAAAGGUUUUCUAUGUUAAGUAGUUGAAGCGAACUGCCUAGAGGACGCUUUCCGGCGCGUUUGACCUCCGGCAAGCGGAAGGCUUCCUCUCGCUUAAACGAUGCCAUCCUGGGCCCCAGCGCCCGACUUGGCGGAUGAGGACAUAGUGGAAGAUGAUGACCUGUACGUGGGCGGGUUUGGAGGUCGCCGGACAAGUGCACCGUCUGGGGGCAAUCCGCCUCGCGGGCUUACUGCGACGACCAGCUUCAAGGACCACAGCAUCCUUGGAUCCGCCUCCGUGUCGGCCAAGGUGCUUAUGCCCUCCAACUCCAUGCCACACGCCGGGCCCGUCGGCGGCACGCACGCGGCCGCGCCCCCGCCCGCGCCCGCGCCGCUGCCCAAGCCCCCCGCCUCCAAUGUGGGCGUCUACCACCGCGGCGCGCCCAUCAUCGCCACCGCCUCCGCCGCCGCCGCCUCGCGGCCCGCCUCGGGGCUGCUGCUCCGCAACCCCCGCGCCAGUGCGCCCGGCGGCACCGCCGCCUCCACCACCGCCGACGGCGGCUACGCCGGCGCCAGCAGCAGCGGCUACGGCGCCAGCGGCGCCAACGGCGGCGCCUCCUUCAGUCGCAACCAUGAGGGCGGCUACUACGGCGGCAGCGAGGCGGCGGACCGGCUGGACAGUGUGGUCAGCCGCAUGCGCGGUGACAUCCUGGGCGGAGACGACGCCUCCACGGACUCGAGCGUGCACGGCGGCGGCGGCGCCGGCGGCGGCAGGAUGGGCGGCAGUAGGACGGGCGGCGGCGGCAGCGGGUUUGGAGCUGGGGCGGGGGCGGGGGCAGGGGCGGGCGGGUUGUCGGGUGUGUUGCGAAGUCACAACGCGCCCGCGUCCGGGCCGGGGGGGCAGGGCGGCUACGGCAACGGCGGCGGCUACGGCGGCGGCUACGGCUACCCGGAGAAGGGGGUUGGUGGCGGCGGGCAUCUGCCGCCGGGGGCGGCGUCGCAGGCCCAGGCGCAGCAGCCGCUGCGCGGCGGCCCCAUGCCUGGGCUGGACAUGGGCGGCGGCGGCGGUGGAGGAGGCAGUGGAGGAGGUGGCCGGCCGCCGCUGGUCCGCAACCUGAGUGCCCACGUGCACAGCAGCAGUCACGCCGCGCCCGUCACGGUGGCCGUGCUGCCCAAGGCCGCCGCCAGCGCGCGGCACCUCAGCGCCGGCGGCGGAGGCGGCGGCGCCUCGGCGGUGGCGGAGCAGCUGCAGCACCCCCCGCGGCAGCUGGCGGCGCCGGCGCUGUCCGCCUCCUACUCGGGCGAGGCGGGUGAGGCGGGCGUGGGGCUCUCCACAGCGCCCGCGGCGGCAGAGGAUGCGGCCGGCUUGGGUUUGCGGCCAAGCCUCGCGCAGCACGCGCAGCACCACCACCAACAUCAGCAGCACAUGCAGCAGCACACGCAGCAGCAGCAGCAGCAGUCGACACCGGCGCCUUCGGUCAUGCUGCGCGCGUCCGCCGGCGCCAUUGUGGCACCGGCGGGCGCGGCGGCAGGGGGCAGCCACCGCCGCCACGACGGCGGCGGCAGCAGCGGAGGUGGAGGCGGCGGGGCUUGGGCUGACGGGCCAGACACAGGCGGCGAUGAGCGGCUUAGCGGCGGCGCCCAGCGGCCCAGCAGCGGCGGUGGUGGUGGCGGUGGCGGUGGACUGCUCGGGCUGUUCAGCCGCAGCAGCUCGGCCCGGCGUAAGUCGGAGAACGCGGGCGGGCAUGGGGCGGAGCCGCCCGGCGGCGUCGGCGGCGGCAAGGGCGCUAACAGCAAUGGCAGCAGUAGCAAGGUCGGUAAGGAGUCGAGGAAGAGCAGCAGUGGCGGGGCCGGCGGCGACGGCGAUGGGAAUGAUGGGGAUGUGCGGGAGGUGGCGGCGGCGGGCGGCGUGGGCGGCGGGCGGCCGCCCAGCGGGCUGCUGAAGCGCACUGCAAGUGCGCUGGUGUCGUGGGCUCGGUAGCAGCGCGGGAGCAGCGAGGGAGGAGCGAGUGUAAACGUGAGCGGCAGUGUGUCGACCGCGGAGUGGCUGUGUGUGGGCGUGUGAGUAGGUAGCACAACAGCAACAACGCAUGAUGCAUGGCCACAAACAGCUCGCCCGGUGACUUGCAUGUCGUACUCACCGACUCACGUACCUGGCGGCGCUGGAGGGCAGUGAGGCUGGUGGCCAGUGCAGUUGCAGGCUGGGUUCCUGCUAGCGAGCACGAGGCGGCACAGGCAGGCUCUGUGUGUAUAUAUCCUUAUAUUGUCAGCGGCUAUCGUAUUCACAAGCCGUGUCAGUAUUAUUGUAGAGUAACUGAGUGGCGGGUGGUUGGAGCGGGGGCGCCAUAGCGCACCAUCGCCGCCAAAUCGUAGCGUCGCCAUCGCGGCCUUUGCAAAGCAAGCGCAUGGCCUGCGCGCUGCCGCCGCAGCGAGCCGGUCAUUAUUUGAAUAUGGUAGUGUUUUGAGUGUUGGGUCUUGGUCCACAUUGGACUCAUGGCGGGCCUCUGCAUCGCCAGCACGUCAGGCCGGGGGCCACACACGAAGCCACGCACGCUCACAUCUCACAACGCAGUGCAGUACCUAGGACGUGUGGGCCGCGUGUGCGUGAGGGUUGUAACAGUGGCGUACUGACGUUGCGAUGCGCGGCACGAGCUCGUGUUGUUGGCAACGCAUGUGGCACGCGUAUGCCGGCAUGUAAAGUGAUGCGGAA